AUGGCAAUGGCAAACAACAACACACAAUGUUUUACAUGUCAUGAAGAAAACAAUACAUAUACUUGUAAAACAUGUUCAAACGAACUUUGUUUUAUACAUUUACCAGAACACCAACAAAGAUUAAAUAAAGAAUUAUAUCAUAUUAUUGAUCAUUAUAAUAUAUUUAAAGAAAGAAUUGAUGAACAAAAACAACAUCUACAUAAUAACUCAUUAAUGAAACAAAUUCAUCAAUCGGAAAUAAAUUCAACUGAAAUAAUUCAACAAACCCCAAAAGACUGUAGAGAAAUUGUCAGAAAAUCAUCGCAAACAUAUACUAAUGAUAUUGAAAUGAAAUUUAAUGAUAUACGUGAACAAAUAAAACAAAUGCAAAAUGAAAAUGGCUUUAGUGAAAUAAAUUUAAAUCAUCUAAGAAGUCAAUUAUUCAAAAUUACAGAAGAAUUAAAUAAUCUGCCAAAUAUUCCUAUUCAUCACGAUUCACAAGCAUUUAUUAGCGAAGUUUCAAUUAUUUCAGAAAAAAAACCAAAAUUCAAUAAAUGGAAGCAAAAUGCCAUUACUGCAGCCGCUGGAAAUGGAUCAGGACACAAAUUAAAUCAAUGCUAUCGUCCUGGAGCAAUCUUUAUUGAUAAAAAGAAAAACAUUUUCAUUGCUGAUACGUACAAUCAUCGUAUUACUGAAUGGAAAUGUACUGCAAAGGAAGGACUUAUCAUUGCAGGCGGAAAUGGGUCAGGAUCUCGAAUGAGUCAAUUAAAUCAACCAAAAGAUGUGAUUGUUGAUCAAAAAAAUCAUUCGAUCAUCAUUGCUGAUUUUGGGAACAAACGAGUGAUCCAAUGGAUGAAUCGAAAUCAACGAAUUAUCAUUGACAAUAUUGAUUGUUGUGGCUUGGCAAUAGAUAAACAUGGAUUUCUUUAUGUUUCAGACUCGUACAAGAAUGAAGUGAAACGAUGGAAAAUGGGUGAAUACAAUGAAGGAAUUGUAGUGGCAGGUGGAAAUGAAAAAGGAGAUCAACUCAGUCAACUUAAUUCUCCAGGUUAUAUUUUUGUUGAUAAAGAUCAAUCUGUUCAUGUAUCAGAUAGAUACAAUCAUCGUGUGAUGAAAUGGAGAAAAGGUGCAAAAGAAGGAACAAUUGUAGCUGGAGGAAAUGGUUUCGGACAAAAUCUCAAUCAAUUGUCUUAUCCUUACGGAGUAAUUGUUGAUAAUUUGGAUCAAAUCUAUGUGGUAGAUAGUGGGAAUAAUCGAAUAAUGGGUUGGUGUGAAGGAAAAGAAGAAGGUAAAAUUGUCGUUGGUGGAAAUGGUCAAGGAAAUCAAUCAAAUCAAUUGAAUAAACCCAUGGGUUUAUCUUUGGAUAAUGAAGGCAAUCUUUAUGUUGUUGAUUGUGGAAAUCAUCGAAUUCAAAAAUUUGAAUUAAUCUUGUAA